GACAGCAGCUGUGGGUGUUGGCCCUGGGGGACAGUCCUGACCACCACACCGUCGGAGUCCCAGAGUUCAAAUAUGUGGCCAACAUGCAUGGAAACGAGGUUCUCGGCCGGGUCCUGCUGCUCCAGCUGAUCGAGGAGCUGGUCCGUGGUUACCGCAGCAGUGAGACCUGGUCCCUGCAGCUCCUGCACAGCACUCGCAUCCACAUCCUGCCAACCAUGAACCCUGAUGGCUUCGACAACGCCGACAACAACUGUGUUUACGUCCAGGGCAGGUUCAACUCCAAUGGAGCGGAUCUGAACCGAGGUUUUCCUGACACCUUCGCUGGUCUCCGUCAGCAGCCCAAUGUGAACGAGCAGAAGAUGGAACCUGAGGUGAGAGCUGUAGUGGACUGGUUGAAGAGCGAGACGUUCGUUCUCUCUGCCAACCUUCACGGAGGAGCUCUGGUGGCCAGUUAUCCUUACGACAACAGCAACGGAGGUCCUGAGCUGGUGGGCGGGGCCAGUGUCACUCCUGAUAAUGACGUGUUCCUUCACCUGGCCAAAGUGUACUCCUCCAGCCACGCCCACAUGUCCAAGGGGAACCAGUGUGAGGACGUCAGCCCGUUCCAGGACGGCGUCACCAACGGGUACCAGUGGUACCCUCUGGAAGGUGGGAUGCAGGACUUUAACUACGUGUGGGCUCAGUGCCUGGAGCUGACUCUGGAACUGUCCUGCUGCAAGUUCCCUCCCCCUGAAGACCUCCCCGCUCUGUGGACGGACAACAAGCAGGCCCUGCUGGCCUACAUCCAGCAGGUCCACCUGGGAGUUAAGGGUCGAGUGUUUGAUGCUGCCGGCGUGCCGGUGCAGGGCGCACUGGUGGAGGUCCGAGGUCGUCAGAACCUGUGUCCCUUCAGAACCAACCGGUUUGGAGAGUAUUACAGACUGCUGCUGCCGGGGAACUACAGCUUCACU